AUGGAGACUGACCCUCGCAGCAUUUCCUUCGACCAUAACCACCAUUACCAUGGGCUGGAACCGGGUUUCUACACAGCAGAAAAGCUGCGCUAUGCCUCCGCCAGACAUGUGCAUAUGACUAGUAGGAGGUACUUUGUCGGCCCCAUUCCCAAGGGUUGGCUGCAGAAUCACCGCAAAUCCUGGUACAGAUCGAGACUCAAUUUCAAAAACUACUCCUCGAAGACGGUAACUUUCUCGGCCGAACCAGAUAUAGCACACUAUUCGGACAGUCCGGAUCGGAGUGGACAGGAGGAUUCGCAGCGCGAGCAGGAGGAUGUUUAUCCGGUCGAUACAAUGGGGAGCGAAGGGACGGACCUGGAGCAGGAGAAUGAAACUAGUGACCAAGAUUCGAUCCAAGGACGGGCUGGUCUCCAGGCUUUGGAUUACCCUUUGGAUGAGGGAACUGAAAUUCCUCCCGCCCCAGGACCGGAUACUCAAGAUCGCCCCGAUUCGCGCAAAAGUGAGGACAGCGUUGACCCUGGGAGUAGGAUGGGCGAGGGCGGCGCAUCCUUCGUGACGGCCAGAGAACGUGGCCCCAGCUCGGCGUCUACUACUAAGCCUUUGUCUUCCGGCGGACCUAGCAGUAAAGUGGACCAGGAACAGACUCUAUUGAAGCCAAGUGCUCCCGAUUCCAAUGCGGAUGAGGCCAGUCAGUCAAGCCCCGUGGUUCUUCCGAGUGAAGUCGGAUCCGAGACUCCGUUACUGAGACACGAUUCGUCGGCCAAAGGGAAAGGAAAAGCCAGGCUCCCACAGGCGCCAUCAUCGAUGAACCUGGAACAGCAGGAGCCUCAAAGUGAAAGUACCGAAGGAGAGGAACACCUUGAGAGAAAGCGACAUUCAUCCCAAAACCCUCUAAAUAAGAUCUCAAACAAAGCGGCCAAGCACAACCUGGAUGACAACCUCCUGGAUAAACAACAACGGUUUCAGUCCCGGCUUUCAAGAACCCGUGGCAAGAUUUCGAGCAAAGUACCAACCCGGCGAAAGUAUCAAGACGGCGAGAUCAUCAAGACGGAGCGAAUGCUUGUGCGAGUCGAAGAGACCAGGCAGGACAACCUCCCACAUGACUUUUCGGAGCACGAUAGCAUGAGAAUGGAGACGAGGGUUGUGGAUAAUUGGCGAGAAUACCUCGUGGUUUGCCGAGCCGCCGCGGACCCUGCUGCACCUUUCUCCCUCCAGAUGUACAAGACACACGUCAUUCCAAAGAUACAGAAAAAGGGCAGUCGGAUCUCUCCUCAUCACGAAGUAACAUUGGGCCCAAAGAAAACCAAGGUCAACCUAUAUUCUUCGCUGGAUAAGUCAAUCGUCAUCUGGGGUCCCUGCAAAUACGGCACGAAGAUCUACAUUAUUCGGCCCAAAUCUACGGCGCACGCGGUUGAGUGGUAUACUUCAAUCUUCCAGGCACUCGGAUGGCAGCGGCCUGCGUCGCUUUCAAUCAAUGUCCCUGACUUGGGCGUGGCUCUCAUAUUCCGAAAUCCAUUCGAGGAACAGGAAAAAAAGGCCGAGCACAAGACGCAAAAACAUGACCUUCUUGCUCGGUGUGAAGUAGAGGAGAAGUUCGCCGCCAUAGCCAUCGUGCGUGAAUGCAUGGGAAUGCUCGAAAAUCGCGCUGAGUGGUCCGAUGUGCUGCAUAGGUGGUCGAAAACAGAAAAGAUGGGUCUUGCUUGGAAACGGUACGAUCGUUUGGAGUGGAUAUAUGGCAUCAACGAGGAAAAGAUGUACGGUUCACUUGCAAUGCAGAACACCCACGAACUUGAGCUACGACCAAGGCAGCACUACCAUACCUUUGUUCCUCAUGGAGACACCAAGAUUGAAGAGCCGGAGCCUGUGGAAGGAUUCCUGGUUCGUCUAACAUCGCAGAAGGGAGUUCAGCAACGGAUGAACAAGAUGUUUUUUAAACGCCUUUACUUCUUCUGCCAGGACCACUACUUGUUUUUCUGCAGGCCAGCAAAAUCUCUGCCACCAGCUCCUCCCCGACUUUGCCGAAACGAUUCCAACAUACCAUCGACUCAAGAUAUACUUGACGAAAUGCCUUUGUCAUACGAAAUUGAUCCAUACCCAUACGAAGAUGGGGAUAUUACCUGGCUCUCUAGUGGCAACAGAGAACAUAUCAAGAAACACGACGAAGAAGCAUAUGCGCAACUACGACGUGUUCAUCACAAUCUCGGCAAUUCAGACGGUUACAUUGAUCUUUGCCGAGUACUGGAAGUGCGUAAUGUGCGACGUGACAGUUGCCCGGCGGAUCCCAACAUCCAAGAAGGACCGGACGUUCCGUUCAACCCAGAGGCCCGGGACACCCGCACCGACGACGGAGACACCCAACAGUUCGAGGAUGAUCGGACCUUCGAGAUGCAGAUGGACAACGGGCUCGUUGUUCGCCUUCAGGCGUAUAAUGAAGCCACAAAGGAUGAUUGGGUGAAGCGGCUCAACGCCCUGGUGGAAUACUGGAAAACGAGGACUGCGGCAGACGCGGCGGAGAUCAAGGACAUUCGACGACGAAAUGUUGAGAUCUUGGGUAUCGAUGAGGAACUGGAAUCGACGAUCGGGCUGAUCGCCAAAAAGUGGGAGGUCAAAAAGGCCGAAGCAUCUCCACAUCUGCACAACAUGUGUUCUCUGUCUGGAUGUCGAGCAAUCAAGAUGUCCGGACAACUCUUUCGAAAGCCCCGGCGACACUCAACAUUCAAGCGUUGCGACGUUGUUCUCACCGACGGGAAACUACUGAUUUUCCGCAGCUCCCUGCGAAAACGCAACGGGGUCGAAAUCCCUCACAUUCACUCCAGCAUUGAAACCACAAUCGACCUCACCGACUGCUAUAUAUACUCGGGCUUGCUGGCCGAGUCUGACCUCUUAUACGCCAAUCAAACUUUCGACAGCAACAACCCAGGCCACCGCACGCUCCCCCGGGCAUAUCUCUCAACAGACCUGUACACGAGCACGGACCAGGAUACCGCCAUCACCUUCGUUGUCUGGCAGCCGUUGCGCAAGAACCUGUUCCGGGCCAUCGAAGGGAAACGCGGCCAAACCAGGCAGACCCUGAAGCAGGUGCCGAAGCUGGGAGUGCAUGGACGGACGGUCGUCUUCAAGGCACGCAGUCGAGUCGAGAAAGACCGCUGGGUAUUGAGCAUCGCGUCUGAAAUCGACCGAUUGCAGGAACAGACACCCGAGGAUAUUCGACUUGUUUGA